AUGGAUCCCCUUGAAGAUGUGUUUGCCAGGAAUGUUACAGAACUGAUAGCUACCCAAGGUGUCUUGUUUGGUUUGGGCAGUGCUAUGAUACAUGGUCCAGCAUUGGUACUACUUGGUAAAUACUUUAAAACAAGACGUGGGUUAGCAACAUCUAUAGCCAACUCAGGAAUUAGCUCUGGCGCUGUUAUUUUUCCUCCUCUGGUUCGAUAUCUUCUAGACAGUUUUGGUUUAAGAGGAGCUCUGUUGAUUGUUGGAGGACUUCAGCUUAACAUGCUUGUGUUCGGCCUUUUACUUAGGCCUGUAGAAAGUUUUAAACAUAAGAAAAAAGUAACUAAAUCUUUAGGUUCCUUAAAAGAUUUAACUGGAUCCUAUUCUGCCUCAUAUCAUUGCAUGGGAAGUGCUGUAACUAUAGCUGCUGUCUUUCUUGUGAUAGAACCUUUGUUUAAAAAACCUUUAAAACCAGAUGACAAGAAAAUUGGUGAAAAUGGCGAAUGA